ACUUCUGCUUUGACUGGCUCACUUUAUGCGACGCGCCAUCUAGAUAAAAGGCGUUUAUCUGCUGUUUAGCAGCAGUACCUGAAAAAAUUUUCAAGUUUACACAUAGGAGCUUCUGGGGAGAUACUUUAACGUUAUAUCCGUUAAGUAUUUGAUUUCUGCGUGUGGGCAACUCGAAAAAAGAAAAAAAAAGCGAAUUAUCCACUUAGCUAAUUGGUAGCUAACUGUUAGCUUGUGACGUUGUUAGCUAAAACAGCAGACCCGCGCACGAACUGGACAGCCUGUUUAUGUUUUCGCCACUUCACAGAUAUGUUGGACGGAUCUACCGCUCACGGCGAUGAAGCCAACAUCGGCAACGUCGAAAACAACAACCCAAAAUCGCUGAUUUCCGGCAGCGAUGUGACGAACAAAACGAAGCAGGUGUUGAUGAAGAAAGGAGGAAGGAAGCUGCGGAACACCGCGGCGCUGCAUCACCACAAACCCCCGAGAAACUGCCCGAGCAGCCGCCUGUCCGAUCACAACAAUCACAACAACACCCUGACGGCUUCGGCUGGGCACAGACCCGCAGCUCAGAGCGGUACCGAGUCCGGAGAGACCGUGCUCACCCUCCAUUUCCUCAAACAUGGAGCCAGGAAAGAGCUGCUGAAAUCCAAAGGUGUCAGAUUGGAGCGAGGGGCCACACAACCAGGAGGUCAGGCUAGCCGUAACCUCCCUAAACACGAUCAGACCUGCCAUAAUGUGAACGCCAGGAGCCAUAAGCCCAAGCAGAUCCAAACGCCUGGUGCUGCUCACUCCACAAAGAAGAAAGACAGCAGCACUCCGAAUAAACCCGCCUCUGUCCACCAGGCUCGAGAGCAGAAAAAACCUCUCCACGCCUCCAACAACGUGAAGAUUGUGAACGCACCACUUGAUGAAGCUGCAUCUGAAUACCUCAAAGAUGGUGAGAAGGUAUAUGCUGGAGCUAAGUUCAGUGAGCCACCCUCACCCAGUGUCUUACCGAAGCCACCCAGCCACUGGGUCGGAGAAGACGAGCCUCUGAAGAGCAACCAAAGCCAAGAGGAAAUGACUGUUCGUUUGAAGUCGCUGCUGAAGGUUCAGGAUGCAUCAUGACCACAAUUUGGAGUUUCAAAUCAGAGAUGACCUAUGAUAUGUGAUCACCUGUAACACAAUUGGAAACUUAGAAUGGAAAGUUAAAUGUAGUUUGGCCUUUUAACACACUGCAAUAUAAUGUAGGGAGUUUUAGUCACUGUAGUACAAUUUCCCAUUAGCCAACAUGCUGCCUGCAUUUGUGAACAUUAUGUACACGUUGUGUUGUUGCUGGAAAUCUGACUGACAUGCUGUGUAUGUCAGAUGUUUAUCAGAUACUUCCUGACUUCUGGUCAGCAGAUAGAUUAUUUUUGUUGUUGUUGUUUUUGAUAGUGAGAUUGUGCAGACGUGAGCUGAAGUCGCCUCCAGCAGCAAAACAAUCAGUGUCUCAUGUUUACGUCAUGCAAAGUGAUGAUGGCACUUUCUUUGUGAACACUUAUGAAAUGGCAGCCACGUGUUUGACUUUUUAAACACUUGUGUAAAUGUACAUAAUAUAUUGUAAGCAUAUAUUUGUGUAUAUUUUUCUUGUUAUUUUAACUGAGAUUCUAGUUUUGUUACUGAGGUUUUUCCAGGAAAAAAAAAAAAUAGUCCCCUGCAAACUGAGGCACUUUGUUACAGCUUCAUCAGUGUGAGGCACAGUGGAUGUAAGAAAGACUGUUCUUACUGAUUUACACUGAGAACCAUCGGGAAGGGCAGGAUACGUUGAUGUUCCAAAGCUUGACCAGCCACUUUGAUGAAUUCACCAGCCAGCUCAGAGCACAGGAGAGGAGGACUUCCAGGAUUCUGGCUGGGUACCUUUCAAAAUGGCGUGGAAAGCGGACCACCCCCCCACCCCCCACCC